AUGUCAUUUGGUGCAAAUUUCGAAUGUCUAACCAAUCCUGAAGAAAAGUCACAAUUCGUUACUAAUUUUGAAUAUGCACAAAAUGUUAUGUUUAAGAGAUUUGAACAUCCUUUAUGGAAGAUUACAGAAAAAUUUAGUGAAAAAGGUCGACGAAUGCGUGAAGCUUGUAAAUAUAUUGAUGACUACAUAUAUAACAUGAUAAAUAAUUAUAAAUCAAAGCUUGAAAUUGAGAAGAAAACUGCUAGCAAUUUGUUAGCUUUGCUUAUUAAUGCUGUUGAUGAAAAUGGUAAAAAAUUUAAUGACAGAGAAUUGAGAGACGUUGUACUUAAUCUUAUUAUUGCUGAUAAUGUUCUACCUAAUAACACCCCAGUAUUUGCUGGUGAAUAUGUAGAGUAUAACCUUUUUGCGAUGGGAAGAGAUGAAAAAAUAUGGGGAGAAGAUGCGAAGCAGUUCAAUCCCCAAAGAUUUUUAGAUUCUGAGGAUGGUUUAAGACCAAAUAAAUUUAAUUUGGGUCAACAAUUUGCAACUCUUGAGGUAAUAAUGCUUGUAGUAAUGAUGUUUAGAGAAUUUAAGUUUGAAUUAGUACCUGGACAAAAAUUGCCUCCAGAAUUUGAGGAUUCUAUUACUUAA